AUCAGAAUAUGGUGUCGGAGAGAGGCUGGACAGGAACAUGUACUGCCCUCUUGAUCCGGUAGUGGCGACGUGUAACUGAGGGGAAAAUGGCAGAAAGAAGAAAUAAUAAUGUCCCAAACUCCAGUGCUAAUUUACUGUUCAGCGAUGCACCAGAGUUCAACUUCAACCUGCCCUUUCUGCCCGUGAGCCAGGCCGCUGGUCCGGGGGUUUUCUCAGGAGGUAGGUUCACUGCAGUCUCUGGUCCAGGUAAAAAUGCUGGAGAUAAACAUGUCACAGGAAAACAUUAGCGCUGGUCUUUGGAGGUUUAGCUACACAGCAAAUCAGGAUGUUAGUCAGAAGAAAGUGAAACACAACAGCUCAUAGUCUGGAGAUAAAACGGUUAGGAUGUCUUAAGAUCAAUAACAUGGAGAGAAGAAAACAUUGACUUCGUUUACGGUUGUUUCCACCUCUAGAAUAACAGCAGCAUUCAAUAUUGUCAGUAAAGGUGAGAGAUGAUUAUACAGGUCAGUACUAAUGUAGAUUUACGAUCAAACUGUCAGAAAAGCGAGAGAAGCCUCAUCCAUAAGCAGUGUUAAUAGUUUAGAUAAAUGCACCUUUCACCAAACAAACUGGUUUCAUUUUCACAGUUUGAAAGAAAUUCAUCCACGGAUUUAUUUUCUUGUGUUUUCUGACAUGUUGUGUUCAAAACAACUGAUGUUGUAUUUUCCCCCUAUAUUUCAAUUCAAAAGUGAAACUUCCAUUUAUUCUGGAUUUAUCACCUACAAAAUGAAACAUUAAAAGACAUUUUUAAAAUCUUGAUGAUCACGCCUAACAGCUCAUGAAACUCAAAAACCCACUAUCUCCAUUCAUCAGAAUAAUGUGUAAAAGUCCAGUUUCUUGUCAGUUAGUCCACUUGUUAGUGUCACUUGUCACUUCAGUCCUGAAAAAGUCUCUGAUCAGCUCCUGAACCAGAGACACAUUUUAUGAGUCUCUUCUGGACUGAGAAGACAAAGAACUGGACCUGACACUCAGUGGUCCAAAGUCCUGUUUUCAGACAGCAUGUUAUUUGAAAAUCAAGAUCCCAGAGUCUGGAGGAAGAUCAAGGAGGCCCAGAAUCUCACAUCUUUGAGGUCCAGGGUGAAGUUUCCACAGUCUGUGAGGGUUUGGUGGCCUCUGACAUCUGCUGCUGUUGGUCUACUUUGUUUUAUCAUGUUCAAAGUCAGUGCAGCCUAAAGUCCACCUGGAGGUUUUGGAGAUCUUCAUGCUUCAUCUGCUGAGAAGUUUUAUGGACGUGCAGAUUUAUUUUUCUAGUGGGACCUGGACCCUGCCCACAGUGCCAAAACUACCAGAAACUGUUCUGCUGAUCAUAUGAUACGACUGUACUUGAUUGUCCAACCAACUGGUCUGACCCGAACGCCGUUGAGAUGUCUGGAGGAUCAUCAAGAGAGAGAGAUGAGAGACACCCGAGCAACAGUACAGAUCAGCUGAAGGAGCUAUCAGAGAGACCUGGACUUCAGUAAGACCCCAGCAGAGACACAGACUGAUCAUUUCCAUGACACGUUACACUGAUGCAGAAAUUCAAGCAAAAGAAUCCUGACCAAGAACUGAGAGCUGAAGAGGGUUUUCCAGAUGGUCCACAUCUCUGUAUAUACAUCCUUUAUGAGUGUUUUUUUAAAUUAAUAUUCUGAUGUUUGGACAGAGAGUGGGUUAUUGAUUUUGAUAAGCUGUAAGUUGUAACCAUCAAGAUUAAAAAAAACAAAGUCUGUCAAUAUUUGACUUUGUGUGUGGUGAAUCUAGAUAAUAUGUAAGUUUCACUUUUUGAAAUAAAUUAAGAGAAAAACUUAACCUUUUUGGAACAUUUCAGCUUUAUUGAUCUCUACUUGUACUUGAAUUCAAAUUUGCACUGUGGUGCUUUUGUAAAAAAAAAAUAAAAUAAAAGGAAACCGAAUAUGUAAUAAAAAGAACAAUCAAUGCAUUCAAAAAAAAAAAGAACUUUAUGUCAAAAUUCAAAUGAUUUUUAUUUUUGUAGAUGAUUCCACUGAAGUUGGAGAAGAGGACAGCUUUCUUGGUCAGACCUCCGAGAAUGGAUCAGCCCCCUCAACAUUUAACUACUUUGCCAGCUCUGGAACCGGUGGUGAUCCAUUUGCCUCCAUUGGUCAGUUUCCAUGCCAAACCCCUGCCCUGUCUGCAGUCCCAACAACACCGGGCCAGGUUUCUGUUCCCAGCAGCCUCAGCACGGCUCCAAUACAAACUCUGGGCUCACAAAUGAAUCCUGCACCCCCAGCAUUUGGCAGCACAGUUUGCCAGAGCCCUAUGGGUUGUCACACCUCUCCACCUACCACAGUGGCCACACCACCACCACCACCCCAGGUGCAGCAACAGGGUCAUAAUCCAUACCGACACACCUCUGCCUCCAGCAGAGCGCGUCCUUAUAUUCCAGCACCAGAAGUCCUGCAUCCAUCACACACACUUCAGCAGAAUCCAUACUCUCUCAGCUCUCUCCCACAGCCACCCCCACUGUCAGAAAACACUUUCACAAAGGUAAAUAUAUAAGCUCCUCUGUGACCGGAGCCAAGUUUAGAAAGAAUGCACCGUUUAACGGAGAGGACAUUAAAAUCUUGAUUCUCCUUUUCUCUGAAGGCCCCGCCAACACAGCUCCAAACUCUCCCUCCUCCAGCAGCCUCUUCUGGAGCCAUCGUUCCUGCUGGUGCCAUGAUGCCAUACCAAUACAGUGUCUAUGAGCCUGUCCAGCCUCACUGGUUCUACUGCAAACAAGUGGAGUCAAAGAGCGUCUGGCUGCCUUUCAGUUUUAUUGAUUCCAUACGGCUAGAGGAGACGUAUAACUCAGGUGAAUUGUUGUUUUGAAAAUGCUAAGUUCAGCUUUAUGUGUUAGUAUUUCAGUUUUGACCCCCUGCACGAUAAUACCAGAGAAGGACAUUUUAGAAACACAGCUCCACCAUGUGUCUAUGCUGAAGUGUACCUUCUCAAACUACUAAUUAUAAAUAAAGAAAAUCAAGGAGUGGGUUUCUGAACUUUGUGAUUACAGUUAAAAGUGGUUAGUGUUGUUUUAAUGUAGAGCCUUGUUUUCGUUGUAAAACUGUCACAUUCAGUUUUAUUUUCGUUACUUUUAGUCGACCUGCUGUCAUGUGUGCUCUCUGUUCCUCUAGUUCAACCAGACCCAGAAAAUGUGAUUGUGCGGACGGAUGGAGGGCGUUACGAUGUACAGCUGUAUGACCGAAUGCGGUCGGCGGUAUUCUGGGAGGAGGAGCCUACAGAGGUCCGGCGCUGCUCGUGGUUCUACAAAGGGGACACAGACAGCCGCUUUAUUCCAUACUCUGAGGAGUUUAGUGAAAAGCUUGAGGUACUUCACCACAAACAGAGGUUGUCCUCAUAAGUUAGAGAUAUCUAGCUGUUAGAAAAUUUGAGUUGUAGCAAUCAAAGUAGCAGGGAAAUAUUGAAAUAUUGAAUUUCCCUUCAGGGAUUAAUAAAGUUCUUCUUAUUCUUAGUUUUGUAUCACCUGCUGCAAGAGAUUCAUAUCAUAUUUAUUCAUUUUUUUUCCUCCAAAUUCUCUAAUUUUUUCACCAACCAAUUGUGACAAGUCUGAGUUAUAUUCCAUUGAAUUUUUCCUUUCAUGUGUUUUUAUUUCUUUCUGGUAAAUUCUGGUUUUAUACAGCAGUUUUCAGAGUUUCCAAAGUUAUGGUUUCUUUUGAACUAACACAACACAUAAAGUGUUCUCGUCUUGAUAAAGGUCACACACUUGUUUUUUUUGAUCUGUCAUGGUAUCUGUGUUAAAACUGUUUUCUUGAAUUCAGGCUGAGUAUAAGAAAGCUGUGUCUACCAACCAGUGGCACCGCAGACUGGAGUUCCCAUCCGGAGAGACCAUUGUCAUGCACAAUCCAAAGGUAAAGGUCCAGCAUGAAGGUAUGGUCUUGUGAUGGUUGAUCCCAGUUGUCUGAUUGACUCAGUUCUGUGUGUAGGUGAUUGUACAGUUUCAGCCCUCCUCCAUGCCAGACGAGUGGGGAACAACUCAGGAUGGACAGACCCGGCCCAGAGUGGUAAAGAGAGGGAUUGAUGACGACCAUGAUGAAGUGCAUGAUGGUAAAAAAGUCCCUGUAUACCCAAAUAAACUUGGUCUUAGGAGAGAAAUGGCUUAAAAGUAACAGCUGCCGUCAGUGAAGUUACACCAUGGGGUACCCUAGUGUGCAAUUCUGGAUUUGACACUAUUUUCACACUAUUUUCAAUUUACAAACUACCUCUUGGCAAUAUAAUCCGCGAAUAUAAUGUCAUCCAUCUUUUUCAUGCUGAUGACACAAGCCUUCAGAUUAUUCAGACUGUGUUUUUGCUUCUGUUGCCUUUCUGAUUGUUUUGUAAAGCACUUUGUUGCUUGUAUUAAAAAGUCCUGCAAAAAUUAUGUGACGGGGCUUUAGAUCAGUGAGUGAGAUUAAACUGUGCCUCAUUUUCAGGUGAACUUCCCAAAGUGGAUCAUCUGGUGUUCAUGGUUCAUGGAAUCGGUCCCGUGUGUGACCUGAGGUUUAGGAGCAUGGUGGAGUGUGGUAAGUUCCAGUCUGUCCUCUUAUUUGCCAGUAGACCUUAGACAUAAGAUAAAUAAACUCUCUGAAUCUUGUGCUUUCAGUGGACGACUAUAGAAAUGUUUCACUGAAGCUGCUGAACAGUCACUUUAAGAAAUCCCUGGACCAGCAAGCCAUCAGCCGAGUGGAGUUCCUCCCAGUCCAGUGGCACACAGCUCUGCAUGGGGAUGCUACAGGAGUAGACAGGUGAGGCGGGGCAGGUUUACAUGAACCUUAGACUUAAGAUACAGUAUAAUGGAAAUUUAUCAUUUACAAUGGAAAUUUCAGUAGUCAGUAUUCUCUUAGUAUGAAGGUUGUGUCAUCUUGGGAGACAAAAAAACAUGGACAUCUCUUGCAAGGCUAAAGGAAAACCAAGUCUUGGGCCUUUGGUUUGUGUCCCUGUCUCACAGUUCUAGUAGAGUAUCUGAUGUGCAGUGGAGGAAGCAGGGCGGCUGUUUAUCUGGCAGAUCCCUGUAAAAACACCUUCUAAAGGUCACCUCAGUGCUCUGCUGAUUUCUCUCCCUGUAGGAAGAUGUCAUAUGCUGUUCAGUGGAAGUGAGACUGUAAUGUGUGUGUGUGUGUGUGUGUGUGUGUGUGUGCGUUUGUGUUUGUGUGUGUGUGGCUUGAUGGAUGUAAUGAAAUGGUGAUGGCUCACUGAUAUGUCCUGUGGCUCCAUUAGUCACAUGUAUGAUAGUCCUCUCCCUGAGGACUAUCAUUAGACACACAGACACAGUAUUUGAAGGCUGUUGUUCCUGUUAUUAUUGUUGUUUGUUUUGAUGAUGAAACACAUGGGAAAGCACCCACUGUGACCUUUAACAGGCUGGAGGAGUGAGUGAGAGACCUUCAUUUUCUCUCUUCAGGAGGAUAAAGAAGAUCACCCUGCCCAGCACUGGACGUUUACGUCACUUUACCAAUGAGACUUUGUUAGAUGUGCUUUUCUACAACAGUCCCACUUACUGCCAGACUAUCAUGGACACAGUUGCCCAGGAGCUGAACAGACUCCAUGCCCUGUUCAUGAAGAGGAACCCAGACUUCAGAGGAUCUGUGUCAGUGGCAGGACAUAGUUUAGGUAAUGAACCAGUCAACAAACUGUUACCUCUGUGGCUUUGUAUAUUCUUUUUUAGUCAACCAGACUGGAUUUGUCUUAUUUUUUGGCUCCUGCAGGUUCCCUGAUUCUGUUUGAUUUGUUAUCAAAUCAGAAGAAGAGUUCUGUGGGCGUGCCGCUCACACCAGCUGUUAACGGAAACACCAAAGAGGUCAUAAACACACAGACACUAUUACUUUUUAAACUACAGCGUCAUGAUGUCUUCACUGGAAUAAUCACUAAACUAGAGUUUUGGUUUUUUUUUGAAAUAUCGAUUUGAAUGACAGAUGAUUACAGCAGUAGUGUGCAGUACAUAAAUGAAUGUUCUGUCUUACCCUUCAGGUGACAGCUCCCAGUCCACAGGAUGAAAAUGCCAAUGUUCAUCCGGCUGUGGAGGAGGACGGGGAGGACAUCCAGGAUCUCUCUGCCAUGCUGGAACAUCUGGGCUUGUCAGAGUACAAGAGUAUCUUUGAUGAUGAGAAGAUAGAUGCAGAGUCUUUUGUGAGAAUCACUGUUUUGUUUUCUCAUUAUAAAGCCAGGAAAAUGUGGAAAAAUGGAUAGCAGUGAGAAAGUCCAAAAAUACUCCAGCUCCAUGCUACUUACCUUGUAUCCAGUUGAUUGAUAUUAUUGUUGCACUGCCUGUCAAAGUCUUUUAAUACACAUACAAAGGAUCAAACCAAUGAGCUUCAGUACCUCAGAGUUCUGCGUGUAGAUCAGCUGGUUUGCUGUUCUCUUCCAGCAGAGCACCUCACAAAUGACUGCGUAGUCUGUUUUCUUGGAGCAGGUAUUCAUAGUGCCAGAUAAAUGAAUGAAGCUGAAUCUGGCACAGAUAACAGGACAGCUCUAGUUUGUGGUCAAACUAUAACCAACUCUUUAGAUAAAUGCAAUAGUUGAAACACAAUAUGAUGUGGUCUUGGUCUUUUCUCACGAGUAUAAAGUCAAGCUGUGAUGUUUCUUUUAGAGGUCAUAUUGUUACAAUCAGAACAGCCUGGGAUUAUGAUGUUAUUCUUCACAUCUUGCACAUAAUGUCACUUGAAUGAGUUGAAAGUAAUCUUUAUCCUAAUUUGUCGCUCAUUUAGCUCAUGUGCACAAUUGAGGACCUGAAAGAGAUGAAAAUCCCUCUGGGUCCCAGGAAAAAGAUAGCCAAGUUUGUCAAGGAAAGACUCAACAAACAGGUAUAUUUGUCUGUCAAAUACCUUUUAGGCUUCCAAUUUGUUGGCGAUGCCUGACGUUGUCUCACUGUUUUUGUUUUUAAUGUUUGAAGGCAGCACGUCAGGCGGCUCAGGAGAAGAAAGCAGAGCUGAAAGAGCUCAGUCGGGCUGAGGUGGUCCCGGGAGCCACUGAAGCUCUUCCUGAUACCUCUGCAUUGAAACCUCCAGCUGGCAACACCUUUUCAUCCAUCCAUGUGGACUACAAUUACUUUGAAGUUGGCACUGGACAGGUAGACAGAGCAAAGUCAUGGCUGGCUUUCACUUUUGAAUAUUUGUUGGCAGUGUACGGUUAAAUGGUAUCUAAUGACUCUGUAUUUCAUUCUGUAGGUCUCAGUGGUUUACCAGGCUCUCGACUUUGAGCCAGUGAAUUUCUUCGCCUUGGGUUCUCCAAUUGGCAUGUUCUUAACAGUCCGAGGUCUGGAAAAGAUCGAAGACACUUACCAGCUACCCACUUGCAAGGGAUUCUUCAACAUUUAUCACCCAGUAUGUCACUUUUUCAGUCUGAAUGAUUGUCAGUGAUGCUCCAAAGUUACCCUGUUACUCCGCUUUUAUGGUGUUUAUUAUUGUAAAGAGGUUUUUCAUUCAGUCACAGACAGCUUUUACUCUCUUAAAAUGAAUCACUUUUGACAUGAUCACUUUUAAUAUUGACAAAUAUGAACUCUACAGUUGGACCCAGUGGCGUAUAGGAUCGAGCCCAUGAUAAUACCAGACCUGGACUUAAAGCCUGUCCUGAUCCCACAUCACAAAGGAAGGAAGAGGCUUCACCUCGGUACAGCACACACCUUUUACAAUCAGAAUGACCUUUUUUUUCCAUGAACAAAUAGACAAUCGUUAAGUAUAAUUGUUUUUUUAACAAAUCAGAUUAUGAUAGGAGCAAAUGAAACUAUUUCUACAAGUUGAUACCUAGUGCCUACACAGAUCUGUGUUUUAGAUGCCCAAAUUAAUUAAUCAUCUACAGGUGCAGCUCAAACUGUUGAAAUGUCCCCGAAAAGUUAAUAAAAAAGUGAGCCAUCAUCAUUGAGAUCCCAAACUAAAAAAGCUUUGAAAUAUUUCACUCUGUGUCUGUGAUGAAUCGAGAGUAUAUAGAAAUUUCAUUUUUUGAAUUCAAUUAUGAGGAAAAGAGGAACUUUUCCUGGGAUAUUCUCAUUUCCUGAGCUGCAGCUGUAGUUUUCUUGCUGGUUUCAGACCUCUCUGUCCUCUUAAGCUGUGUUCAUUUGAACCUGCUCCUCUGAUAAAAACAGCACUAUGAGUAACUAAAAAAACGAGUGCAGAAGGUCAAAAACAGACAUGGACCAGUCAUGAUUGCAGUUGUUGGUUUAAGGAGGUCAAAGUUUGGAGCAGUUAUGAACCAGCAUCAGUUUUUCAGCACAGUCACUGAAAGAGCAGAUAAGCUGAUGACGACGUCACGCUUUUUCUUGAUGUUAGAAUCUGGAUCGACUUUUUAUUAAACCUGGACUAAAGAAUAUGUGGCUGAGAAUAUUUUACUUAGAGUAGACAGUAGACUAGAGAGGCACCACAGAGGCACUGUCCAUUCACCAUUAGCAUUUAAUGGUUAAGUAAGACAAGUAAGUCAAUCAGUAUCUGUUAAAUCUCCAGAAAUAGUUUUUUGUUUUUGUUGGUUUCUCUAAUAUUUUCAUGGGGCUGGAUGUUAUUGUGGAUCUGUUUUCUGUCUUAGAACUGAAGGAGAGUCUCUCCAGAAUGGGCUCUGACCUGAAGCAGGGUUUUAUCAGCUCUCUCAGGAGUGCCUGGCAGACGCUCAACGAGUUUGCUCGGGCUCACACCUCGUCUGCCCAGCUUCAGGCUGAGCUGGCCAUUGUAGCCAAUCAAAUUGAAGAGCAAGAGAAGCAAGCUCAGGAGGGUGAGUUUCAGACUUUUAACUUCAUCAUGUUAUUGGUCGAGUGGGAAAUUUAUGAUAACUCCAUCCUGGAUUUCCUAAGACAACAAGAUCUCAGAGAGCCUCGAGCCACAGAAAGAAGAGGAGCCUGAGGUGAAGAUCGGGUGCCUGAAUGCAGGGAACCGCAUUGACUAUGUCCUGCAGGAGAAGCCCAUUGAGAGUUUCAACGAGUACCUGUUUGCCCUUCAGAGUCACCUCUGCUACUGGUACAGAAGACUCAAACCUUAAACCAACACAUAUUUACCUGUGAAGAGUUUUUGGAAGUUCACUCCCUCCACCACUUUACAGCAGUGAACAUUUGUUAGAUCAACAAUAAUAUAGUUUAUAAUUUACUUAAAACGCCCACCCAGUCCUGCUUUAGCAUUUUUUAAGUACUAAUAAAACAUUUUUCUGUUAAGAGAUUUAAAGAAAUUAUAACUUAUUAUGAGACAGAGCAUAAAUUCAAAAGGUGUUUAUGGUUUUGCACUCUAUAGCUAGUGUUAGUGUUAUGAAUGCUUGUAAUUAUGGACAAAGGUUGAUAACACAUGAAUGUGGCUUGGACAGAAAAGUUGACAAUUCAGCCAUCUUUUUCUUGAUUCUCUCAGUACAGAUCAGUUACAAAAGAAACCCUGCUACUCAGAUUAACACCUCUUUCUAUUCCAGGCAAUCUGAAGACACGGCUCUGCUUCUCCUCAAAGAGAUCUACAAGACCAUGGGGAUCCAUCCGGAACAGUUAGCACAUUAACACAAUGAAGGUCCAAAGCUAGAAAUCAUCCUGUCAGAGUUUAUACCUCUUUUUUUUUUUUUUUGUUUAUGUUCCCAUUUAUUUUCUCCUCCCUUUUUUAUUUCAGUAGUUUAAUUUCUCAGAUUGAUAUAACUGUUUCCUGCCAUGCUUCUUAAACACACAAAUGAGCUUGUAGAGUUUAUGACAGCUUCCAAGUUUGGCAGGUCACUUUUGAUGUCUGAAUUAAAGAACUGGUAGGUUCAAAUAUGUAAAAUAUGCAAAAUGACAUCAAAUCUUUGCAGCAGAAAUGACAUUACAGCCAGAGUUUAACUUUAUUUCAUAGCCAAAAUCUCAAAAUAAAUUCUUUCUCGAAACAGCUUCUUGUUCAAGUUGAAUGUUUGUUAGUGGGAGGAAGAUGUCUUUGCCCUGAAGAGUGAAGACUUGAAGAUUUUCACUGGAAACUUUUAUUAAAAGAAUUAUAUCACAGGGGGAAAAUGACAUGCUUUCAUUAUAAGAAAAGAAAACGGACUUUAGUCUGGUCUUUGUUCCACUCUCAGUUACUGACUUACAUGUAUAUUCUCUCCUCUAUUAACAUAAAAUAAAAACAGACCUGCAACACUUGGCAAA